AUGGCUCACGUAUCACAUGUUCCUAAGUUCGGAAACUGGGAUGGUGACAACGUGCCAUACACAGCCUAUUUUGAGAAUGCGCGCAAAGGAAAAGGCGGUAAGAUGAUAAAUCCAAAUGAUCCUGAGGAGAAUCCAGAGGUUUUUGCAUAUAGAGGAUAUGAAGAUGCUAGUAUUAAUGUUUCUCCUGCGAGAACUCCUUUAGUCGAAACGCCUCAGUACAAUUAUGGUCAUCGCAGAAAUCUUUCUGAUAAUCUUGUAAGUUCAGUUAACCAACCAACUGUCUGUCGCAGAAUAUCUGAUGCUAAGAAGAAUAAGAAUGAUCGCGGCAAUAUAUUCGUUCCACCUAGUCCUAAUAGACUGAAAAAUAGCAGAAAUCCAUCUGAUGAUCUUUCUUAUUAUUCAUCAGCAUCAGUACCAAAAUUUGGAGCAUGGGAUGAGAAAGAUCCCAAAUCUGGAGAAGGAUUUACAGUAAUUUUCAACAAAGUAAAAGAGGAAAAGCAAAUAGCAGCUGCUAAGUUCCCUAUUGUGCAGCCACAACCAAACAUGCCUUCCUCACAUAAAACUAAUGCUAAAUCAAAGAUGUUUUGCUGCCUCUUUUGAACAUCUACAUUCUCAAGUCUAAUGAUAAUUUUGCUCCCAUUCCUCUCACUCUAUGGCUGAAGAAUUUUGUAUUAAUGUUUCUUGUGGAAAAAAUAUU